AUGGCCUCAACCCUAGCUCCUGCUUGUGGGCCCUCCAGCCCUGCCUGUACCCCACGUUUCCCUGCAGGGGAGCACCAGGACACGGACCGGUGCUGCCGGGACCACGACCACUGCCAGCACGUCAUCCACCCCUUCACCUCCCGCUACGGGUACCGCAACCUGCGCUGGCACACCAUCAGCCACUGCGACUGCGACCACAGGUUGAAGGAGUGCCUGCGGCGGGUGAACGACACAGCUUCACGGGUGGUGGGCCAGGCCUUCUUCAACGUCAUCCAGGUGCCGUGCUUCGAGUUCACCUACAGGGAGGAGUGUGUGGAACCCUAUCUCUAUGUCUGGUGCAAGACGUACAACACGGUGGCCGUGGCGGUGCCCCGAGAGCCGGUGCUGUAUGAAUUUGGGGGGGAGCUCAUUGAUCGGGCAGCCAGGCCCAGGGGAGUCCCCCUGAGCCCCCCGUGGGGCAGCACAGGGGGAGGAGCCCUCCCAGUGGAUCAGCACACUGGGACAGCCCCCAAAGCAGUCAAGAAAGAGAGGAAGAGAAAGAAAGAUAAGGGGAAAGGUCUGAAAAAGAAAGGCUCUUCUGAAAAGGGGGCAUGGAGCCAUCCUGCAGCUGCUGCCCCCGCUGAUCCCUGGGCCCUGCUGCCGUCCUUGGGGGAAGCAUCCAACACCAUCCUGAGUGAUACCCUGGCACGGGAGAGGUUGGGCAGGGAGCCACUGCCAGCCACUCCCUCCCCAGUCCCUGCCACCAGUGGGAAGAGGAGGAGGAAGGAGAGGAACAGAAAGAAGAGGCUGAAAAGUAAAACUGAGGCUGAGCCAGCAUGAGCUCCGAGUGCCCCCCCGAGCCCUGCGUGGGUCCUGGCUGUGAAAUAAAUUUAUAUCUGCUCAAGCA